CAUAACACUAACCAAUGCGACAAAAUCGCCCCAAAAUUUAGAGGAAGAAGUGAAAGUAAUUUGGUAGGCAUAAUCCCCAUAUACACAGGUGAAAAAAGAUCAGAAAAAGAAUCGGAAGGAUCAGAAAUGGCGUGCAGGGCAGCAGUAUUGAGAACCACCGUCUUCUUGACGGAACCGUGGCCUCGACCUUUGCCUACAAACUCCUUCUCUGCACCGUCCAUUGUUUCCCACAAGAUAAAGUCUUCGAUACCCAGCUUGAGUUGUGGCUGUGGAAUCGCUAGGGCUCGAGAUUUCCACUUUUCCCGGCGAACCCAUCACCGCAAUUGUGCCCACAACGAAACGGCCUCGUCUUCCGAGGAAGACCACGACCAGGGUCCUCCCCAAGAAGCUGUUCUCAAGGCCAUUUCGGUAUCAAAGGCUGAGGGACGGAUUGGGCAAACCACGAAUGUUGUUAUUGGUGGUACAGUGACGGAUGAUUCUACAAAUGAAUGGCUUGCUCUGGAUCAGAAGGUGAACUCUUACCCAACAGUCAGAGGGUUUACAGCGAUUGGAACUGGAGGUGAUGAUUUUGUACAUGCUAUGGUUGUUGCUGUUGAAUCUGUUCUUCAGCAGCCAGUCCCAGAGGGCCAGGUGAAGCAUAAAUUAUCUACUAGGGGUAAAUAUGUGUCAGUAAACAUUGGACCUGUUCGAGUCAUUUCCAGUGAGCAGGUUCAAGCUGUAUACAAUGCAAUGAGGAGAGAUGACCGAAUGAAAUACUUUUUGUAGCAUCUCUCAUUUGUUUUCUCUGUAGAAUGCCUAAACUUCAUUUAUUGUUACGAGUAUAUAGCUUUUCCCCUAAUCCAUUGUCCUUUGGUUGACUAGAGAAAUGAUUGUAGACUAAGUGAACAUGAUUUCAUAAUUUUUUAGCCAUUUUGAGUUUACUGCAAA